AAAAGAAAUUUUCCGUGCCGAAUCAAUUUGGGCUUCCAAAUAUUUGGACCUUUAUUGGGCUGGGUUGAGUUUGUUUUAAGGCCCGUUAAGCCAUCACCGAACUGGACCAUUAAGGGUUCUCCUACUGCUACUGCGGCUAGCUGCUGCCACCACCAUUCUACACACACACACCACUUUCUUCUUUCGUUUGAUUUCGAGUCUCAGAAUGAUUUCAGCUAUUUCGUGGAUACCGAUAGGUGCUUCGAAGGCGGAACCCACCGUAGUUGAACCUCCUUCCAAGGAAGAAAUUCAAGAUAUAAUCACCGCCGCCAGUGGAGCAGACAGUGAAAAUGAGGAAGAAGCAAGUGAUGAACGCAUGGAUGAUGCCGGUGGUGCCGUCGAUGAAGUUGCGCGAGCACUCAAUGUUGCUGAUGCUCUCGGGAAGGCUGAUAAAUUGGACGAUAUUGCCCUCGGUUUGAAGGAGCUUGACAUGGAACAUUACGAUGAUGAAGAUGAAGGAGUUGAGGUAUUUAGUUCCGGGAUUGGUGAUCUUUAUUAUCCAAGUAACGACCUGGAUCCUUAUAUCAAAGAUAAGAACGAUGAUGAUGACUCUGAGGAACUCGAAGACAUGAUCAUUAAUCCAACUGAUUCCGUCAUUGUUUGUGCUCGUACUGAGGACGAUCUCAGUCUUCUCGAGGUUCAUAUACUUGAGGACGUCGGUACUAGUGAGAUGAACAUGUAUGUCCAUCAUGAUAUCAUAAUUCCUGCAUUUCCACUAUCCACAGCUUGGCUUGACUGCCUUCAAGGAAGAGAGAAAGGAAACUUCUUAGCUGUUGGUUCAAUGGAACCGUCAAUAGAAAUUUGGGACCUUGAUGUUAUUGAUGCAGUGCAGCCAUGCAUGGUUUUAGGUGGCAUUUCAGAGAAAAAGAAGAAGGGGAAGAAGAAAUCAAUCAAAUACAAAGAUGACAGUCACACUGACUCUGUACUUGGUCUUUCCUGGAACAAAGCGUGCAGGAAUGUACUUGCUAGUGCCAGUGCUGACAAGCGAGUCAAGAUUUGGGAUGUGGCUACUGGGAAGUGUGAGAGUACAAUGGAGCAUCACACGGACAAGGUUCAAGCAGUUGCUUGGCAUCAUCAUGAACAAGAAAUUCUUCUUAGUGGUUCGUUUGAUCAUACUGUGGUCCUGAGGGAUGUAAGGAUGUCAUCCCAUCCUGGUUAUAAGUGGUCAGUCACAGCUGAUGUCGAGAGCUUGGCCUGGGAUCCACACACUAACCACUAUUUUGUGGUGAGUCUCGAGGAUGGUACUGUCAAGUGUUUUGAUGUUCGGACAGCAAAGUCUGAAUCCACAUCUGAUCUAAGUUCUACAUUUACUCUUCAUGCACAUGACAAAGCUGUUACCUCAGUAUCCUAUAAUGCGUCAGCACCUAAUCUACUUGCUACUGGAUCGAUGGACAAAACGGUAAAGCUUUGGGAUUUAUCGAAUAACCAACCAUCUGUUGUGGCAUCUAAAAACUCCAAUGCUGUAAGUUUGCUUCUUUUAUUUGUUGAGAUUUUAACGGGAAAAAAGGUAUUCUCUAGUCUGAAUCAUGAUACAAGUAGCAUGGUUGACUUCUGUUUUUGGAUGCGGCUGUUCAGGGAGCUGUAUUUUCUAUUUCGUUCUCAGAGGACAACCCCUUUGUGUUGGCUAUAGGAGGCUCAGAGGGAAAAUUGCAAGUUUGGGACACUUUAUCUGAGUCUGCUGUCUCUCGGCGUUAUGAAAAUUACAACAAGAAUAGAACUCGGUCGUGAUAUAAUUGAGCAUAAUAGCCUUCCUGGUCUCCCCUUCAUAUGUUACUGGUAGGCUAGAAGUAUUUAAGUUAGAUACAGUUGUUGUGAAACAGGUUGAAAGCAAUAUAUUAAGGAUGGUAGAUAUAUAGAGUUUGAUAGCAUGUUCUCUCUCAUAAUUCAUGUAUUUAGCAUCCUUAUAAGUUUUGAAUGAACAUUUGUUCUACAGCUUGGAUCA